AGAAGAGAAUGGCUUCCAUGGCUGCCGUCCUCAACAAAUCCCCUUUCCUCUCUCAGCCUCUCCCCAAAUCCCAAUCCUCCCAUCUCCCCUUCUCCGCCGUCUCCUUCCCCUCCAAACCACUCCGACAAGGAGUAAUCCGUGCUGGUUUGAUCGCCCCCGACGGAGGGAAGCUCGUGGAGCUCGUGGUGGAGGAGCCGCGGCGGAGGGAGAAGAAGCACGAGGCGGCGGAGCUUCCUCGCGUGGAGCUGACGGAGAUCGACGUGCAGUGGAUGCACGUGCUGAGCGAAGGCUGGGCAAGUCCGCUCGGAGGAUUCAUGAGAGAAUCCGAGUUCCUCCAAACUCUUCAUUUCAACUCGCUGCGUCUUGACGACGGAUCAGUCGUCAACAUGUCGGUGCCUAUCGUCCUCGCUAUUGACGACGAGCAGAAGGCCAGUAUCGGCGACUCUAAACGCGUCGCGCUUGUUGGUUCAGAUGGUAGCCCCGUCGCUAUCCUCAGCGACAUUGAGAUUUAUAAACAUCCCAAGGAAGAGAGAAUAGCAAGAACUUGGGGUACGACAGCUCCAGGUUUACCUUAUGUAGAAGAAGCUAUCACCAACGCUGGAAACUGGCUGAUUGGGGGUGAUCUUGAGGUUCUUGAGCCUGUCAAGUACAAUGAUGGCCUUGACCGUUUCAGGCUUUCCCCUGCUGAGCUUCGUAAGGAGCUGGAGAAGCGUGGUGCGGAUGCUGUCUUUGCCUUCCAGCUUAGGAACCCGGUUCACAACGGUCACGCCCUUCUUAUGACUGAUACUAGGAGGAGACUUCUUGAGAUGGGAUAUAAGAACCCUAUUCUUUUGCUCCAUCCGUUAGGAGGGUACACAAAGGCUGAUGAUGUUCCUCUGAGUUGGAGGAUGAAGCAGCACGAGAAGGUGCUAGAGGAUGGUGUUCUUGAUCCAGAGACUACAGUUGUUUCCAUAUUCCCGUCUCCUAUGCAUUACGCUGGUCCAACGGAAGUGCAGUGGCACGCAAAGGCUAGAAUCAAUGCUGGUGCUAACUUCUACAUCGUGGGUCGUGAUCCAGCCGGGAUGGGUCACCCUGUAGAGAAACGUGAUCUUUACGAUGCUGACCAUGGAAAGAAAGUACUAAGCAUGGCCCCUGGACUCGAAAGACUUAACAUCCUUCCUUUCAGGGUUGCUGCAUAUGACAAGACACAAGGAAAAAUGGCUUUCUUUGAUCCCUUGAGACCUCAAGAUUUCUUGUUCAUCUCCGGCACUAAGAUGCGCACAUUGGCCAAGAACAAAGAAAACCCUCCGGAUGGAUUCAUGUGCCCAGGUGGAUGGCAAGUUCUGGUUGAUUACUAUGACAGUUUGACUCCGGCAGGUAAACAACCGGAAGUGGUUCCGGCCUAA